AUGAUUGAGUUAAGAGAUAAGACUAUUAAGAUUAUUAAAGUUAAUUUCUAUUUAAUUAUUUAAAAUUUAUUGAAAAUGCAACCUAGUAGCAUUAUCUUCAUCUGUAACUAAAAAAUUAUUUAUUUCAAAUUUUAAAGUGUCAAUUCAUUAUAGGCUAAUCCUAACCUAAUAAAAACUCUUAUUAUAUUAUGGUUCAAUGACCUAGUCCAUUUAAGAUAUGAAUUAGGAACUCUGAAUAAAAAAUAACAGAAUUAGAUCCUUAAUAAGAUUAAUUUUUAAAAUAGUUCUGUUGAAUUUAUACAACAGGAAUUAUAAAAGUUUGAGUUUUUUAAAAAAUGUAGAAAAAGUAAAAAAUAGAUUUCUAAAAAUGCUAAAUUAACAAAAGACAAAUUUAAAUUUUGUUUUAGAAUUUAAUUUAUAGUUUAUGA